AAUACUCUUCUCAGGAAGAGACUCGCGUAGAAACAACAGUCGACGCUCCUCGCUUCAAGCAAGACAAGAUGGGUUACUACGAUGAAGAUGGUCACUACCACUCAUUCCGCCAUGGUCUCCACCAAGCGGCUGAUCGUGUCUUUGGACGCCCUCAUCAUCAUCACCACCAUCAUGAUAGGGAAGAGAUUGACAUUACCAUAGGUGGACGGCCUGAGUCUGCUACUAAGCACACUUUUGUCGAAUCACCCGCUCCCCCCAAUACUGUCACUAUCCCAUGCCACCACAUCCGCGUCGGCGAUCUCUUGAUCCUCCAAGGUCGUCCUUGCCAAGUCAUUCGCAUCACAACCUCAGCUGCUACCGGCCAACACCGAUACUUGGGAGUUGAUCUCUUCACCAAGCAAUUGCACGAAGAGUCUUCGUUCAUCUCCAACCCAAGCCCAAGUGUUGUCGUCCAGACCAUGCUGGGUCCUGUCUUCAAGCAAUAUCGUGUCCUCGACCUCCAGGAUGGCACUGUUGUUGCUAUGACCGAGACUGGUGAUGUCAAGCAAGCCAUUCCCGUCAUCGAUCAGUCUAAGCUCUGGUCCCGUCUCUCCGAAGCCUUCGAGAGUGGUCGUGGUAGUGUUCGUGUCCUCGUCCUCAGUGACCAUGGACGUGAGCUCGCCGUCGAGAUGAAAGUCCUCCAUGGCUCUCGCCUGUAAAUUUUCCUCCGUCCUUGUCUUUACAUAGCGUGGAGUCUCAUCUACUACCAAGUGGUGAUUUGGCAAGGGAACAUACUUCAGAUGGAUCGCAACGGAAUGGAAAUCAAAUUGUUUAUGGGUGGAAAUGGAGUUGCAUAAUGAGUGCUUGGAUGCUGGAUCUUUGGGGGUGCAUUUGAUGAAUCGAGAUCUACUUCUUGGCUGGCGGAUCCUGCUUUCCUUGGGAGGCGGUCGAUUAGCUGGCUUUGAGGAGG